GCUCAGAAAGGUGGAUGAGCGCGUGUGCUGGUCGCGAGGAUGAGAGAGCACGAGAUGCUGCUGCUGCUACAUUCCUUGAAAGAUGUGUAAAAUGGCGCAAGUAUGCUGGAGCCACCGGCUGUAGAUUGGAUCGAGAGGAACUGAUUUACUGCUUUCCCACCCUUGUCUUCGCUCUUGCCUCACCUUCCUUUGCAUCUCGUCUAAUUUUCAAUGUGAUUAAAUGGCUUCCGGACGGCGCCGUCAGGCUCCGCGCUCACUGGGAAUACUCCUGCUCGCUAUUGUCGGUAUGACAUGUGGGGGUGAGCUGUCAUUCACCCUGGAGCCCAGUGACAUUAUUGCUGUUCAGGAACAACCUUUGAUGCUGCACUGUCAGGUGGAGGGGAUCCCACCCAUCACCACGCAGUGGAGGCGCAAUGGAGCUCUGAUAGUGGAGGACCAAAACUAUGUCAUGUUUGCUAAUGGCUCGCUUCUGAUUGGUCACUUCCAGAAGACCAAGUCUGACGGCUCGUCUGAUGAGGGAGACUACGAGUGCAUAGCCCAAAACUUCUUUGGGCUGGUCUUGAGCCGCAAAGCCAGAGUGCAGGCUGCUACAAUGGCAGAUUUUCAUGUGCAGCCAUGCUCAGUGCGUGCAGAGCUGGGAGGUGUUGGGCGAUUUCAGUGCCAAAUCCAUGGCCUGCCUGAGCCAGUCAUCAGCUGGGAAAGAGACGGGCAACCCGUGGAUACCUCUGAUGACAGGUUUACUCUGUUGCCCACGGGUGUGCUGCAGAUAACGGGUGUUUGCCCUGAGGACAGUGGGAUGUACUGCUGUGUUGCGCACAACAGUGCGGGAGUCAAACACAGCGCAGGAGCGCAGCUCACAGUCUCAGGCUCCCAGUCAUCUGUUUACAAAGAACCCAUGAUCCUAGUGGGCCCUGAAAACCUCACUCUCACAGUUCACCAGACCGCCAUCUUGGAGUGUGUUGCCACGGGUUAUCCUCGCCCAAUCGUUUCGUGGAGUAGACUGGAUGGCCGGCCAAUAGGAGUUGAGGGUAUCCAGGUACUAGGAACAGGAAACCUGAUGAUCUCUGAUGUCAGAGUUCAGCAUUCUGGUGUUUACGUCUGUGCGGCCAACAAGCCAGGAACCCGCGUGCGCAGAACUGCUCAGGGACGCCUAGUUGUGCAAGCCCCUGCAGAGUUUGUGCAGCCCCCUCAGUCUAUUGCUCGCCCGGUGGGCACCACUGCCAUCUUCACUUGUCUGGCCCAGGGUGAGCCGGUCCCGCAGAUCACCUGGCUGAAAAAUGGACAAAUCUUAGAGCCCGAUGGCCAUGUCAAACUCAGGAACAACAACAGUACUCUGACGAUCAAUGGAGUAACCCAGGAUGAUGAGGCCAUAUAUCAGUGUAUUGCAGAGAACAGUGCUGGCUCCACACAGGCCAGUGCCCGUCUGACUGUGCUGUGGGCUGACGGGUUGCCAGGUGUGCCCACAGGCGUACGUGCAGAAGUCCUUUCUCCAACCUCCAUUCAGGUGUCCUGGAACGAGCCCACCCAAAACACUCAGGACAUAAUUGGAUAUGUGUUGCAUAUCCGCAAGACUGCUGACCCAGUGGAGAUGGAGUACCAGGAGGCUGUGAGUAAAAUGACCCUGCAGCAGGUAAUCGGAGAUCUGGAGCCUUCCACCAGCUACAGCUUCUAUGUGAAGGCUUACACGUCCCGAGGAGCGAGCAAAGCCUCUGAGACAGCUGUGGAGAGCACUCUGGGAGAAGUCCCUGCUCCACCAGCCUUGUUCACGAAGGUGAUUAAUUCGACGGUGGUUCAGGCCACAUGGGAACCCUCUGCUAAGAUGGGCCAGCAGGAAGGAUUCAGUCUCUACUACCGUAAGGUCCCCGUCCCCAUCUUCACCGGACCCCUUACCUUCCCACGUAAUGUGACCCAGUACAACAUCACUCAGCUGGAUCCCUCUUUUGUGUAUGAAAUUAAAAUUCUGGCUUUUAACCAGCAUGGAGAGGGCAAUGCCACCCUGCGCUUUGUGUCGCUCAAGGAGGCAGUGGAGAAAUCAGUGCUAAAUACCCCUUGCAACUGUGUAAAAGAUGAACAGAAUAAAAGCUCCACCACAGGCAUCAUUAUCGGCAUCCAUAUUGGAGUCACUUGCAUCAUUUUCUGUGUCCUUUUCCUCAUGUUUAGCUACAGGGGCAGGCUGAUGAUGUGUAAAACCGUGCAGGCCACCCGACAGGCGGGCCGUAACCCAGCAGCAGGAGUCGUGCUCGAAUCCUCCUCUUCCUCACAGGGGGCUCUGGCCCUCAACGGCCCCCACAGGUUCAGCUCAGACGGGAAUGGAGGAACCCACACUGCAAAGAGCUGCACCGACUCCAACGAGAUGGAGAGACUCUUCUCAGGACCAUCCCACUUCUCCCAUCCACCUGACACCACCCACACAAUUGAGAGCUCUUUGGUCUCUUGUCCAUUGAAUGAAACCCAGAUGUCCACACUUCCCCUUGAUGACUUCAGCCUGAUGGAGGAGUGUGACCUGCAGUUCCGGCAGCAUCCAGCAGAGGGCCAACAGGACGAAGACUGAUGAAGAAAUGAAGGCCAAGUAUAUCCUCUACUCAGACUCCUGUCCAACUCAGGUCAACUGAAGUAUUCAUCUAUUUUAGUUCAGUUUUUUUUUUUAUCGUGCAAAGAAUAUAUUAUUCGUAAGUUAAGUUCCCUUUGUGGGAAUCACUGGACUGUAAUGCUGGGGGGUCCCUGUGGCUUCAUGGUAGGUGAGGUUUUGCAAUGGACAUCUAUUAUUUCUCAUUGGUAGGUGAACAAAUACACUCUUGCAGUUACGGCUGGCAGCAUACAGUGGAAGUCUCCAGUCACUAGUAUCUAUAAUUGAUUUUAUUUGGCUUCUUCUGCACAACAGAGAAGUAUUUUUCCUACUAAAACAUAUUCGACUUGCUGCCUCCUCUUAACCUACCAAUGGUUUUACAAGCCCAUCCAUCAGAGACCAAGACCUUCUUCCAGGGAUUUCAAAUUAUUCUCAGGACUUUUUGUUUCACCGAUUAUCAAUGUUUUGUUUUGUUUUUUAAGUAGGUUUUAGCCUUCAUGAAGACUUUAGACUUGGCUAUGUGAUCUUUAGAAUUUGCAACAAAAAAACCUACCUCAGCUGGAAUGAAUGUCUUGUAGGAAGUCUUUAAGAUCUGCAUAUUGCUGUCUGUUCUGUUUUUAUACACAUCAAGCGUUCAGUCAAAAGAGAAAAAGGUGCUUCUCUACCUCAGAUUUCAAGGACUGCCGCAUAACAAGAAAAAAAUCCAACAUAUAGCACUUCCAAAUGUUGAAGUCAAUGUUCUACCUCAAAAUAACAAUGUUGUUAUUGUCGUUGUGGUUAUUUUCACGUAUUGAAACAUAGCCUCUUGUUUGUGAGAUCCUGGCUUCACUAUGUUAAUGAAUUGCUGUGUUUUGAUAUGUCAGUACCUCAUGCCAGUUGACAGAUGACAUUGUUCUAUGAAUUAUGCUUGUAAAGAUGUUUUGAUAGUGUCCUUGUAUUCACAUAGGAAUUUUUUGGUUCUAUGUUUCCUGAUCAGAGUAUUUUUAUUUUAAUCACAGUCAAUGUAGUAAAAUGGAAAGACUUUUUAAGAGAAACUGCACUGUUACCAAUGUCUUCAGGAUAAAAAAAUACUGCUCUCAGAUGAACCGCUGGAAGAAGAGAGGCCACCGUACAAAACCUUGGAUAUAAACACACAAAUGAUGUUUAAAUAGUUUGACUUCACGAUCACUAGGGAGAUCGACAAAUGUGUAAAGUGUUCUUUACAGAAGUAAGCACAUAUGCUGUUUCUAUGGGUGCUGAUAGAAGUAAAUUGUGAUAUAGAUUAGAUACACAUAUCACAUCUUGUGAUAUUUUGUGAAGAAUUGAAAUGGACUUUGCCUGGGUUGUAACUACAGGACCUGCGAUCAAUUAAGUUCAAGCACCCUUAGAUAAUGUCGAGGCUAUUCAGAUUCUCUGCUGCAUGUUACGACGUGAAUGCCAAACUAUGAAAGAACUGGGCAUUCUAGAAUUCUCCAGGAAGUGAACAUUCCAUUAGAAGCCAAAGCCACUGGAGAUUCUCAUGGCUUCUAUGUGGAGUUCCAUCACUUUUUUUUUUUUUAAUAUCCCAUGCCCCUCGUCCAUGUUUUUAGUGCCACAUUGAUCAGGGAGCACAAAGUGCAUCAGACAUACGCACAUAACUCGCACACAUAACAUCUGUUGGCAUUAGACUUUCAGAAUGCUGAGUAGAGAAUGAUGCCCGAGCUACCGCUGGUCAUCUCUUCAAAUGUCUGGCCAGCUAUUGAAUCGCUUUUCAAUUGCUUUUCACUGUGUGCUCAGCCACCCAAUCCAAGACCAGCUGUUUCUUUUAGUGGGGAGGGAGAGUUGAAAGUACCAGCAAAAUGUUUUUUUCUCCUCUGGUGUCCCAUUGUACUAUGGUAUAUAUAUAUAUUUUUUUAGUAACCUACCUCGACACAGCAGUCAUACUCUCAGGUCGCUCCUACUCUGAUGGGGAGAUUGUAUUUUUUGUAUAGUACACAUGCAUACAUGCAUACACACAUCAGAGGAGGACAUCUCCUUUGGACCCUUUAGCAGAUCAGUGCAUUGCAUUAGCUUUUCAUGCGCUUUGAUUUCAUUGAAUGUAUAGUGUUAUUUUUUUCAUAUGUUAUGUUUGUCUGUAUCAAAUAGUCAUGUUUACGUUAUUCCGGCUGGUUCAGAUGACUGGUCCAUUGUAUUUGCCACUAUCGUUUUUUUCUUAAUUUAAAAAUGUAAACAUCAUCAUCAGUGUGUGUAGAUAAUGAGUCAAGUUUCCAUAUUUUCAUAACGCCCACGAAUUCUGUAAUUAAUCUUUUUUAAAGAAAUGGACAAAGUAAGCCUAGAUAAUCAAAAAAAAAAAAAUCCUAUUCAUGUAAGGUAUAUUCCUUCAAAUACUGGUUCUGGAACAGAAUUGCACAGUAUAUUACAGUGUAGAAAAGACUCAGACAAUGUGCUGUAUAUUUAUUGUACCGAUUGCAUUGUAGUGUUGUCGAUGGAGACUGUAGAAGCUUUUGUGUUGUCUGUAUACAGAUAAGUGCUCAAUUCUUUGGCUGUGUUAAAUAGAAUUAAUGGAAAAGAGUCUGAACAACGGAAGGUAUUUGAUACGCCGUGCUGUAGAACUUUGUCCCUAAUAAUGAAAAUCUCUAUGAAAUAUCUAUUGUACAGUCUUGGUUGCUCUUGGCAUUCCUGUAAUAAGACGAAACGGUUUCAUCUGUUGUGUAAUGCGAUACAAGCAAUUCUCAAUGCUGUUACAUUUCAAAAAGUCAUCUGCAGUUUUGUUGCUUGUUUCCUGAUAGAUUUGGUCUUGUGAGGUUUGUGAACAGAUCAGUACAGUUGAGUAUUUUUAAAACAGUAAUGAGCAUCAUCAGGCUUCAAGAUUCCAGUGUGAUGUCUAGACUCUCUUACAGAAAGCAGAUCUUGAUUUGGUUGAAUUAGGGUGGAUGUUUGACCACAAACGGACAGCUGCUGUUUUCAGCUUAUCAGUUCAUGUCGUUCUUAUGUGUGCUACGUCAGACUGAUGGCAUGACCUCAUCUCUUUUUCUAAUGUAGAGAUUCAUCUUGAAUCUUUUUCUGGAGGUUUCGCUUGCAUUGAACCUGUGAUAAUAAUGCUGAAAACUGUUACUGUGAUAAAGCAUUAGAUCCACAGGCUUUCUGAGCGGCUCGCAGUGCUUGAUCUCGCUUUGUUUCCAUUCAAUAUUUAGUAUUGCUUCUGGCUCGAAUCCAUGAAAGAACAAAGAACAUGUUACCAAAACGGACCCCCGUCUCUAGAACCCACCUCGCACAUGUACACACGCACACAAGCAGUCACAUCCCUGUAAGAAAAGACAUGUUUGUGUCAGCAUUAGUCCCGUGUCCCAGAUUUUCCCCAGGGAGACUCAGGGAUGAGGCAUUAACAUGUAGCCACCUCAGCUCCUGCCAGCGCUAUGGCAACACCGACCUAUUCACAGCAGCAGAAAGACGUUCCGACUUUGAAUCUGUAAAACAAACAGCUUUUUGUAGAGGAUAAUAUGUACCAGUUUCACUCUGUUAAGCCCCUUUCAGGGCCCAGGAUUACAUGGGAGUGCACUUUUUGCAUUUGGUGAGGGGACCAAUAUGAGCCCAGCUGAGAGGAAUUUAUAUGCUCGCUUUUACAGUUUCACACACACAGAGGCUUUAAACUUGUGUAUUUGAAGCAAUCACAGCAUGAGGUUUAUAGACGCGACAGGGGAUUUCUGAUGUUACCAUGUGAAAAUAUGGUCCUGUGAUGAUGUCUAUUACUGUUAGUAAAAUCUGAGUGCUGUACUGUUCAUAAAAAUUAAUGGGAAAUGUUAAUAGUGAUACUCUUACAAUGGAAGCAGAAAAACAGCCUGUGGGGUUUAAAAAUAGAAUGUUUAUGUUUUUACAGCGUAAAUUAUUUAUGAAAUACAAUUUGUUAAUUGAGCUCUUAAGAUUUCUACUUUUCUAGCAGAACCAAUGGAAUUGCUUUAGGUGGGUGUUGAAGAAUCUGAAUAAUGUUGAAUAAUGUGCUUUGCAAUUACUUCUAACUUUGCACAUUGUGAUAGUCUCAAGCUAACACAAGUUAUGGUUAUGCUUUUGAUGCAGUGUGGCACAUCCAUAUUUUAAAUAUUUAUUCCCACUUGACUUUUAGGCUUCCAUAGUAAGUUUAUUGCUGUAUUGGUGUUUCCUGUUUGUUUGUUUGAUUGUUUGUUUGUUUUUAUUUAUUGUGUGUGGUAAACAACAACAUGACAUGAUGGAAUCAAAAAACUGGAAUAUUCAUAAUUGUCAUUGUGAAGUACUAAAGUAUAAAUCCUGUGCUGUUUCCACGGACUUGUUUGUACGGUUGUCAAAUUCAUAUUGAUAAAAAUGAAUAUUCUACAGAUUAGAUUAAGGCUAGUUGGCAAGCACAAAUUGGAUGGCACUCCUGCAUUUGCAAGAAGUUGGAUUUGAUCCUCUUUUUAACCUCAUCUCAGCUAAUUUAAAUAUAAAGCAGUUUUCAGUUUUGGGUAUAGUACAGUGAAUGUGAAGAUGACCGUCACUUCUGUAAAACUGUGCUUAUGACUGAAACACUGAAAAUCUCCUUAAUAUGGUGCUAUUUCUGCCACUACUGCGAAUCACAAGAUGCUCUUGUCAAUUUUUAGCGUUUUCAUGGUCAGCUUGUUCUUCUGUUUGGACACAUUCAUCUCCUCUUCCACAAGAGUGAAUUUCACCAUGCAUUCAUGACUGCACUGUAAAGUUCUGUGUUAAAGACCUGUGUAACACUUUGUGAAGAUUUGACAGAUUGAUUUACUGUCAAAGUGUGUUUUGUUCAUUAAGGGAAAUGAAGGAAAUUAUGCAUUAACCACUAUUUAACCACCCUCAGAGCUGCAUAUGAUUAUGGAAAUGUAACAUUCUUGCAGGGUUAGCACAGACUAUUCAAAUGUGUGUCUCUGUAAUCCACCAUACAAACUUUAAUUCUGGAGCUCAGCAGGAAAACAGGCAUGACAGCAAUGCCUGGGGACAAACUCCAGCGAGCACGGGCUUUUGUGCUGUGUUUGACCUGUUUCGCCAUCCAGCCAUUUCUCUUCACAGAAAGGGUGUCAUUUUAGAGGAAAUGAAGAGAGCACAAGAGAUGACGCUCAGUUGAGCAGGUGUGAGAUGUUCAGGUUUCACCAUUCAGUUCUUCAUGUAACUCACUCUGUGUAAUUCAGGUCCGGGUGAAAUUACUGUUUCUGCUGCAUUGGAAACACUGUUUCUACCAGUUUGUCUUCUCCAGAUUUGAUGUCUGUAAACCCCCUCUGACCACAGACGGUCAGUACGGUGUAUGUACAUAUGCAUAUAUUUGUAUGUGUAUAUGUAUAUUUAUAUAAAGAAAGAAUACUAGGCCGUUUUUAGUGGUUUGUAUUGUUUUAGGGUUCAUUGUGAAA